UCGUUGUUUGAGCAUUGAAUUACAGUUAAUUUUAUACGUGCUCUCUUUGAUAAAAAGUCGAGUAAUUUUUGAAGACAAAGUUUAAAUACAGUAUCUGAGAGACUAUCAUACAGAUUCAACUUACAACACACUUUUAACACCAAGAAUGAGUCGCAACGAACAGACGAAAGCCGAGUACGGACAGCAGGACACGAGGAGCGAGGCUGACACGACGGCGUCUAAGUCGGGCGAGGAUUACUCGGAGUCACUUCGGAAAUGUUCCAAUUGCGGGAAGAAGGAAACCACAAUACAUUGUGUGAUCACGGGUCAACUCGUCUGUAGAUCCUGCAGGGGUGACAACAUCCGGGACCUGAUGAAGGACCUGAAGAACAUGAAGGAGGAGUUGGAGGUCAAGUACCCCAAGUCUGUGCGGGAGAGGAUGGCAAAGAUCAACAAAGUCAACAAAGACCUAGACGAGAAACUCAAAAAGACCGAAAAGGAUGCAGCUGAAGCAUACCGCGAUCUGCGUAAGCUGGUGGAUGCGAGCGAGAAAGAGACUCUCCGAAAGAUCAAAGCAGCCCACAAGUUCAAGAAGGACGAACUCACCGCAGAAAUGAACAUCUACGAAGGCCACUUGAAGGAGAACCAACAAGCACUCGACAAGGUCUCGAAUGACUCAUGCCAUACGAUCCACUUUCCGGUGGGCAAAGUGAACGAUGGGGAGAUAGCGUCCUUGUGUCAGACUAAGAAGAUGUACGCAGACAUCAUCGACAAUCUCCACCAGCCAGAGGAGAGAGAGGAACCCACACGCACUUCACUCAAGGCCAAAUUUGACGAGGCGAAAGCAAAAGAAGGACUAGAUCAGUUCCCAGAAGUGGUCUCGGACGAAAACAAAGAGAAGAAGAAGAAAAAGAAGAAGUCGGAUAAAAACGAGGACGAGCAAGACGGCGAGCACCAGGGCGAUGACGGAGAUCAAACGCAGAGGUCAACUAAAAACAACAAUGCCAAAUAGACUAAACUAAUAAAGCAUCAAUAUGAAAAACUUUUUCGUCCGUUAGACAAGAACUUGUGAUCAAAAAUUAAAACUGAUGAAAAAGGAAAAGCAAAAGAACGAG